AAAUAAAUGCAUAUACAAAUGUUAUCUUUCAAAGUGCAGUGAUUGAUUGAUUUGUAAGUGGUGUGUAAUAUGAGCAAAAAUAGCAAUAAAUACAAGCCUAUAAAUACAACAAUCGCCUAACACGAAGUAAGAACACAUAGUAUUACUACUUUAAGGGUUUCAUAAUGCUUUAAAGUUUACAAAACAUUUUAUCUCUUGGCUAAAAAUUUGAUUUUUUAGACUUAUUUUUACCACGUAGCCGGAUAAUCAGUCCUUACUGCGGGGGACGAUCCGGAAGAGAUUUGAUACCCGUUCCUAUCAUCGUGGUACCGACGCCGUGUAUCACAUAACCAUGGGGUCGCAAAAAAACACAACAUAAUAUAUAAAACAAUAAGCUAAGUUAUUCAUUGUUAGUUUAAGUUAGAUAUUUAGCAGCAUAUUUGUGACCAAGGGUUAAUUAUGGUACAGGCAUGUUAAAGUAUCCGGAAGGAUAAUUGCUUUCGUUUGAGUUCAAUAUGUCACUCACCGUAGUUGUAUAAUAUUCGGUUUAUAAUAACUUGAAAAUUCUGUAUUCAAUUUCUGGUUCUAAUUUCGUGGCCGUGGAUUCGGGAAAAAGAACACAUAAGAUCUGGAAAAUGUAAACAACACAGAUUUACUGAUAUUUCAUACACCACACAGUUUUUCAUUUAACUCACCGUAAUUGUACUGUACACUUUUCGAAACAAUUUGAAUAAUAUUGUUUUCAAUUAAAAAUCGUACCAUGAAACGUGCACUCAAGGAAAAACUUAUUUGGCGGAUAACAAAAACACCAUUGAACACCACCACUCGCAAAGCACACUCGACCCACAAACGUCAAAUUUUAAUUCAUUUUUCUACAGCGCAGAUGUAAAAUCGUUAGGGAUAAGCCCACCUAGUCUCUUUACCCACUUUGGGCAGGUUUUUGAACUUAUGACACGCGGUUAAUCCAUGGCCUGUGGCAUGACACAACAAACAGCUUCCUUCCGACACUAAUAACGUUGUGUCGCUAUCCUAUUCCACUUGCGUGUUUACAAAACCCCUCUUCCCCUUAAGGGUUCCACGUAUUGAUGGAGAGUCUAUUGUCGUUAACCUAGCAGCAUCUUCGGCCAGUUGUAUCAUAUAAUCGCUGAACAUCACCAGAUCGACCGCCUCCUCAUCCACUCCUCGAAUGUGGACAAUAACAAUUCAACAGAUUGUAAGGCACUGGAUGAACAGUUUAUGAAGGAAGUUGAAAUGUUGAAAAGUAAUAUGGAACACACUCGGCAGUGUAAGGAAGUGGAUGACAGUAUCGGCAUUCUUAGUAAGAGGCAUAAAUGAUUUAAAUGACAAUAACAAUAAGCAAAUAAAAAAAUGGAGCCUUAUCAUCAAACGGAAAUAUUUGUUGAGCAGUGAUAUACGCACAAUAUGUAUAACAGAGUAAGAACAAAUUGAACUUGUUUUACUAAAGGACUAAACGUUGAUUUUAUUAUCGCACGUGAACUGUAGCCAAAUCAAAACGCGAAUGAAUCGAAUACUUGACGUGCAAGUCAUCUGUCAAAACCCAAGUAGAAAUUGUCAAGCGAAAUAUAGGCCCGAGGGGGUGUGAAGGGUAAAAAUUUGCUCGAAUCGUGAAAUGGAAGAAAGAAAAGACCAGGACGGCGAUAAAAGCUUAUGAUGGUGUUGGUAAAUGUAACCAUCCUAUGGCUCCAUUUUCAUAACAAAACAUAGCGUCUCCCGCGAUUGAAUGUAUUUUGCCAUUUCCUUCGGUGAUUCGAGUGUAUUUUCAGCCUCAAGCUAGUAGAAAACAGUGCAAAAUGGAUGUUUCUAAACAAAUGAAGAAAAAUGGAGAGUCCCGGAAACGUGCAAGAGCGGUUUGGGAGUAUUACGAAAAGGAAUGGGAAGCAGAGAACCAGCCUGGACCUAACAGUUCUCGUUCUGGUCCAGACGAACAAGCUAUUGAACAGUCCGAUUCGGAAUACCCGGAUGUUUCUCACGCAGAAGCUGCAUCACUGGAUUUCAUAUUCGAGGACGAGGAAGAUUGUUAUGAUGACACGGACUGUGCGGUGAUAGAGGACGAUUGGGAUGAAGACGCAUCAGAAGAUGAGAAUGGGCGCAUUGAUGCUGAUAGUGCCCCCGAAACCAAUGAAUAUGCCUUUUUCAUACCCUUCAGGCUGUUCCAUAUAUAUUUCUUCAGUUAAAUCACCAUUUAGGAACGCUGUUUUUACAUCCAUCUGAUGGAUAUGUAACCUUUCUUCAUUUGCUAAUGCUAGAACUGUUCUCAAUGUGUCUAGGUUAGCCACAGGGGCAUACGUUUCAGUAUAAUCAAUACCUGGUUUUUGAGAAAAACCUCUGGCAACUAAUCUUGCUUUAUAAACGUCCUUGUUUUCCACAUGUUUAAUUUUAAAAACCCACUUACAUGUGAUUAUUUUUCUUCCUUUAGGAGGUACCACAAGUGUCCAACUAUUAUUCUUUUUCAUCGACUGCAUUUCCUUAUCCAUUGCAGAUUUCCAUUCUUUCCAAUCAUUUCUUUGGGUUAAUUCGGAAGUGGAGCAUGGAAUGUCAUCCACAAAACUUAAUGCGUUUAAAGCAUACCCAGCAUAAUUCAUCUCGUAAUCUUUAUGCCAGAUUGGCGUUUUCUUUUCACGUUGAUUGGUUCCUACUUCAUCUAACGUUUCUUCAAAAUCGCUGAACGAUUUGUCUCCUGCACUAUCGAAACUUGUUUCAGCGGAUUCAUAUUUUUCUUCCAAUUGUGGAAUUUGUUGUUCUUCUACAUAUUCUGUUUCUUGUAAAUGAUUUGAACUAACUUCCUUAGGGACAACUACUGUGUUGUUUUUGAUAACACUAACGUUUUCUUCAUGACUAAAAAUCACAUCACGAAAGGCGCAAAUGCAAUUUUUCUUUGGAUUCCAAAUCCGAUACCCGUUUGCAGUGUAUCCAACAAACACCCCUUUCCGGGAUUUUACAUCAAAUUUACCUCUAAACUGUUUCGGGAUGUGCACAAAAACAUUGGUUCCAAAAACCUUUAGGCUCCCCACGUUUGGUUUCCGCCCAUUCCAUACCUCAUAUGGAGUUUUUCCAAGAGCAGCAGCUGGACUCCUGUUCACCAAGUAAGCCGCAGUUUCUAUAGCAGGACCCCACAGCUUUCUGUCUACGCCUUUGUCUUCCAGCAUGCAGCGUGCUUUCUCCACAAGCGUUCUGUUCAUCCGCUCACUUGUCCCGUUUUGUUCUGGUGUAUAUGCAUUAGUCCAUUCGAUUUGUAUGCCUCUUUAUUGGCAAUACUUUUGAAACUCGGUGUUUUUAAAUUCACCACCGUUGUCGCAUCUAAGUUUAGAAAUGCACCUGCCAAACUUAGCACACACCACCGCUUCGUAUUCACAAAACUUUCGAAGAACCUCGGCCUUUGUUUUUAUUAAGAAUACUACGGUACACUUGCUCCAGUCGUCGAUGAAGGAAACGAAAUAUUUUUCACCGUUCACUCCAAUGUUCUGCAUCGGACCACAUACGUCCGAGUGUAUAAUUUCCAGAACUCGCGUGGAUUGUUUCCCUUUCUGUGUAGAAUACGACGCCCUGGUUUGUUUGCCUGUGACACAUGUUUCACACACUUUGUCCGUUUUACCAGAAACAGCACUAAUCGGUAGUCCCAAUACCAGAUUAUUCUUUAUCAGUAUUUGAAGAUUUGUUGAACUUAGGUGCCCAAACCUUCUAUGCCACAAAUGUUCUUUUGCCGUUUUUCCACUGAAUAACAAUUCUGUUCCUGUUUCCAAUUGUUCACGGAAACUCAACUGUAUCACCGGCUAACAACAGUUCUGAAUUUUUGAAUACCUUCACUUUUCCAUGGACAAAGGUCACUUUUAAACCAGCCUUUUCCAUUUUUCGAACAGACAAGAGAUUUAUUCUUGCAUCCGGGAUAUACAACCAACGGGGUGCGCUGUGACCAACGGGUCAUAUGAAUCGGGUACACUAAGAAAAAGUUGCGAAAUUACAUCCGCCUCUGAUACAUUUGCACCAGCCGUCCGGAGCUGCCGAACUAUGUCUUCGAACGCGUUGAUGUGAGCACGCAUGGAAUCACCUUCGUCCUUCUUGAGUUGCGCUAGUUGCUUUCUCAAAAUUGUACGACUUGUUACACAUUUGUUCGCGUACUUCGUUUAAGCAAUUCCACAUUUGUUUCGCGGUUGACGCGUCACGCACUGUUUCUAAGUAUUGAUCUGCUAGAAACCCCACUAACAGGCACUUGGCUUUUCGAUCCGCAAGAUCGAAUUUCUCUCUGAGUUUUGUGUCCUCAGGAAUGUCAUCCGUGAGUGUAUGCAACACACUUUCCGCAUCCAGUACCAUUUUUAUUCGGAAACUCCAAUUGUUGAAGUUUCCAUCACCGUCAAAACGCGGAAUACCGAGAAUCACUUUCUCCAUGGUGCCUUGGCCCAUAACCUGUUGUAGUCUAUUCAUUGCUACUAAACGAAGACCAACUGAGAAGAAAGCUAGCAGACAACUAAACUGUUUAUUCAAUAUAACCAAAUAUAUAUAC